AUGAGUGAUUUACGUGCUUUGAUGAAGCGUGAGCGCAUGCUUCAGCAAAAAGUGGCUACGGUGGCAAAGUUCGUCGAAGCUUUCGACAGGGAUCGUGACGAGUGUCAAAUUGAAGUGCGAUUGAAAAAUCUAGAUGAAGUGUAUUCAGAUUUCUUUUGCUGCGUGAGAAAAUCGAGCUACUGGUGGAGGAUGCGAAAGGAAAAUCUACGUGUCGUAGAGGAGUUUGAAAACCGCUACUGCAUGGUGAAAGGAUCUUUGCUGAAACUGCUUCCGGCAAAGGUUUCGGUUCAGCGAGUUGAUGGGAAUUCUGGUGGGCAAUCCGCACAACACUCCAAGGUGAAAUUGCCAGAAAUCAGUUUGCCAACGUUCAGCGGCAAACUAGGAGAUUGGGUGAUGUUUCGGGAUACUUUCCGCAGUCUCAUCCAUCAGAACGGUGAGCUGAACCCGAUGGACAAGUUCACAUACUUGAGGACGUCACUCAAGGGAGAUGCUCUGAUGGAAAUCAACACCAUUGAACUCUCGGCCGUCAACUACGAGGUUGCGUGGCAGGUUCUCCAGGAGCGCUAUGAGAACAAAAAAGCUGAUCGUCAAGGCGUACUUGGAUGCACUUUUUCGAUGGAGCCGCUCAGAAGAGAGUCGUACGACGGACUGAAUCAGCUCGUCAGCGAAUUUGAAAAGAACCUGCAGAUGCUGGAAAAGAUUGGUGAACAGACAGCCCAGUGGAGCACUAUACUGGCAUACAUGCUUUGUGGUCGGUUGGACACAGCGACACUACGUUUAUGGGAGGCUCACCACAAUUCCAAGGACGUUCCGAAGUAUAAGGACCUGGUGAAUUUCCUCCGCAACCAGUGUUCAGUGUUGCAGUCAAUAGCCCCAUUGAAGGCGAGCAGCUCAGAUCAACGUCAGUCGAAGGCGUCAAUGUGUCAUGCUGUGGUGAAGACGUCGAAUAAAUGCCCAUUUUGCGGGGAUUCUUGGCACACCCCAUUCCAUUGCCUGAAGUUCCAGAAAAUGAAGAUUGCGGAGCGUAACGAAGCGGUUAUGAGAGGCAAACUGUGCCGCAACUGCCUGCACCCUGGUCAUAUCGCCAGAACAUGUGACAAAGGUGUAUGCCAUCACUGCCAGCAAAAACACCAUAGCAUGCUGCAUGUCAUUCCGGUAAGAUCCUCCGUUCCACCCGCGUCGAGUAGAAAUCAAGAAGCUAGCCCGCCACAACGCCAAUUUAAUCGGCAACCAUAUUCCAACCCACAGCAACCGAACCAACAAGCACACUCUCAAGCGAACAAUGCACCCACCAACACUGCCAACUCACAUAGCACAAGACCACCACAGCCACAACCAAGCACAAGUCAAGCCAGCACAAGCCACACGUACAUUGCAUUACCCAAGACACCUACACAAAACAUUCUUUUGUCAACGGCACUCAUUCGAGUUAAAGACCGUUUUGGAAACGUCAUGCUAGCUCGAGCAUUGUUGGAUUCCUGUUCCCAACAUUGUUUGAUGACUAAGGAGUUCUCGAACAAGCUCAAGUUCCGAGUCUCACCCACAUAUCUCUCAGUUCAUGGCAUUGGUUCUGGGCAGUGUGUGUCAACAAAGCUAGUUAGCGCAGGAGUGUCACCGAGGUCACAGAAGAUUUCUCCGUUCGAAGAAGAGAUGCAGUUUUUCGUCCUUCCGAAGCUGACUUCCUCAUUGCCAACCUCCAGCUUCAAUCCAUCGGAAUGGAAACUUCCUAGAUCAGCUCUUUUGGCGGAUCCAAACUUCUACGAAGCCGGACCAGUAGAUGUGAUCAUCGGAGCGGAACAUUAUUUGGAUUUAUUGGCACAUGGACAGCUGAAAGUGAUGGAUGAUGGACCGACUUUGCAGAAUACUGUGUUUGGAUGGAUCGUGUCAGGCCGUGUUCCGGAUUCUUCAAUCACCAUACCUCGGUCCUUGGUCCAUGUGUGUUCUAGUGCGGAGCUUCAGGAUCAGCUAACCAAGUUCUGGGAAGUUGAAACUUGCCGUACAACCAGCACACACUCCGUUGAAGAAUCUACUUGCGAAGAGAUUUUCGCGACGACCACAGUACGCGACGAUUCCGGAAGAUUUGUUGUCACUCUUCCGAAGAAGGACUACCUCAUCGAGAAGCUUGGCGAAUCGAGGUCUACUGCAGUUCGACGAUUGUGUAGUUUGCAGCGAAGACUCUCAUUGAGUCCUGAACUUCGGACCCAGUAUUCCGAGUUCAUUCAAGAAUACCUGGACAUGGGGCACAUGGUGGAGAUUCUCGAUGAAAGGUGUGAAGGUACUACGUACUACCUGCCUCAUCACGCAGUACUGAAGCCGGAGAGUACAACCACCAAGCUGCGAGUGGUAUUUGAUGCAUCCUGCAAAACAUCAACUGGAGUCUCGUUGAACGAUGCCCUUAUGGUCGGACCCGUCGUACAGGAUGAAUUGAUCAACAUCAAUCUCCGGUUCCGCCUCCAUCGUUACGCUGUCGUUGCGGACGUAGCGAAGAUGUAUCGCAUGGUAGCAGUCUCCGGCCCAGAUCAGAAGCUCCAGAGAAUCGUGUGGACAGGCAACACAGAUCAAGACAUUCGUACUUUCCAGUUGACUACCGUAACCUACGGAACCGCGUCUGCUCCGUAUGUAGCUACCAGAUGUUUUACGCAGCUAGCAGAAGAGGAGAAAGAAACCCACCCAACAGCCGCCGCCGUCCUGAAACAAAACUUCUACGUCGAUGAUAUGUUGUCAGGCGUAGAUGACAUAGAAGAGGGUAAGCAGUUUGUCGAAGAAAUGGUAGACUUAAUGCAGUCCGGAGGUUUCACGCUAAGAAAGUGGAAUUCCAAUUGUGGCGAGAUUUUGCGUCAGGUUCCAGAGCAUCUACGAGACGAUCGGUCUAUUCUCACCCUUGAUUCAGCAGACUCGACUGUUAAAACACUAGGUUUGCAGUGGGAACCACGAAGGGAUGUUUAUCGCUUCAGUACUCCAAAGUGGACAGAAUCUGGUGCGAUUACCAAGCGCAUUAUAUUAUCGGACAUCUCUCGACUGUUUGAUCCGUUGGGCAUAAUCGGUCCAGUCAUCGUUCAGGCUAAGCUGAUCGUCCAGGAACUUUGGGAGCGUGAAUGCAGCUGGGAUGCACCAUUAAGUGAAGACAUGACAGAGAAAUGGCUAGAGUAUCGCAGAAAUAUGAUAGGAUUGGACGGUUUCACGGUUCCACGCUGGGUCGGAGUCACAAAAUCAAUGAAAUCUGUUCAGCUACACGGCUUCUGCGAUGCCUCAAAAAAGGCGUACGGUGCAUAUAUUUACGUUAGAACCGUGACGGAGGAUGACGAAGUUGACGUACGAUUGUUCACAGCUAAGUCUCGAGUUGCUCCUCUCGAGAAUCUCAAAAAGAAGAAGAAAUGUCUCUCCACUCCUCGUCUUGAGCUUUCUUCAGCACUAUUGCUCGCGCAUCUCUACGAGAAGGUUGUCGAAAGCAUCCACCUGACCGUAGAAUCAUAUUUUUGGACUGAUUCUACGAUAGUAAAGUUUUGGCUAGCGUCUGUACCCUCCAGAUGGAAAGAGUUUGUGAGCAACCGCGUGUCAGAAAUUCAGCAUGUCACCAAGGGCGGUUUGUGGAACCAUGUUGCCGGAAUGGAGAACCCGGCCGACAUAAUUUCAAGGAGAAUGGCACCCCCACAGUUGCAGUACGAACCUCUCUGGUGGCAUGGGCCUCCUUGGCUUCUUCAAGAGCCGAUAAAUUGGCCGAUCUUUGAGCCAAGCGCUAACGAGUUACACCCGUCGAUACUGGAGGAGAAGGGAGCUGUCGUUGCAUUGUUGCCAAGCAUUAAGCCUGGUGAUAUCUUUAGCCUACGGUCGUCAUUGACAGAGCUCGUAAAGCUGGUAGCAUACGCACAACGUUUCGGCUUCAACGCAAGAGUGCACAACCGCGAACAUCGAAAGCACGGAUUACUAACGCUCACUGAACGUGAUGAUGCUCUUCAUCUGCUAGUGCGUCUAGCUCAAAAUGAAUCGUUUCCGCAAGAAUACUCCGAGCUAUUACGUGGUCGUGAUGUACAAGCAUCCUCUCGAAUUGCUGCACUGAACCCAGAAAUGGUGGAUGGCAUUAUUUGCGUUGGCGGCCGGUUACGAAACGCUAGAAUCUCUACAAGUCGGAAGCAUCCGUACAUUUUGGACCACCGCCAUCCAUUCACUAUGCUGGUCAUGACUGAGUAUCAUCAGAAGCUGUUUCAUGCUGGGCAGCAACUAUUAGUUUCUUCUGUACGAGGCAGAUACUGGCCGACGAAUGUUCGUAACCUAGCUCGGAAGGUUAUCCACAACUGCGUUCGCUGUUUCCGUGUCAAGCCGAAAGUUCACGAGCAGUUGAUGGCAGAUCUUCCUGCGGAGAGAGUUACGCCAUGCAGUCCCUUCCAACGCGUCGGCAUAGAUCUAUGUGGUCCGUUCCUAGUCACGUACCCCCAGCGGAAAGCUCGUCCGGUGAAGUGUUUCGUCGUCGUCUUUGUUUGCCUAGUCACCAAGGCAGCCCAUUUAGAAUUAGUAGCUGAUCAAUCGUCGCAAGCAUUUUUGGCAUCCCUCCGACGAUUCACAUCUCGACGGGGAAAACCGGGGAUCAUCAUGUGCGACAACGGCAGAAACUUCGUCGGAGCAAACCGGGAAUUAGCUGAAUUGCGGAAGCUUUUCAUCGAUCAACACUUCCAAGACACCGUGAUUGGAGAAGCAACGAACGAAAGUAUUGAAUUCCGUUUCAUACCAGCGCGAUCCCCAAAUUUCGGAGGAUUGUGGGAAAGUGCAGUAAAGUCGUUCAAAACGUUGCUGAAGAGAACGAUAGGAAGUAGAAGCCUGGUGUAUGACGAGUUCCAGACACUACUCACGCAAAUCGAGGCAGUUUUGAACUCUCGUCCGCUUACACCAGUCAGCAAUGAUCCCAGCGAUUAUGAAGCGUUAACGCCAGGACAUUUCCUUGUCCAACGUCCACUCACAGCAAUUCCGGAGCCAAAUCUGGAUGAUCUUCCGGAGAAUCGAUUGGCGGCAUGGCAAACUGUGCAGCAUUUCGUUCAAUACUUGUGGAGGAAAUGGUCAACGCAAUACUUAUCCAACCUUCAAAACCGCACAAAGUGGACCAAGAAGCGGAACAACGUGAGAGUCGGAACAAUGGUGGUGCUGAAGGAUGAAAAUCAACCACCACUAAAUUGGCUUUUGGGUCGGAUCACAGAAGUUCAUACCGGAGCAGACGGAAACAUUCGGGUAGUGACAGUUAGAACGAAGGAUGGCAGCUACAAACGUGCAAUUUCAAAGAUCUGCAUCCUUCCAAUCCGUGACAAUGUCGAAUCAUCAGAGGAGAACUAG